GUAUUCUUGUGACAGUCUGGAAAGCUAUUGUGUAGCAGCGUGUCGGAUUUCAUCGGAUUUUAUUCUUUAUAAAAAAUACUCUUUCGCUUCCGCGCGAAGAGGAUUUAUUCAUCCGAUAGAAUCAUGACAUCACGUGCAGGCCCAAGAGCUGCUGGGACUGAUGGAAGUGACUUCAAGCAUAGAGAGAAAGUGGCUCCUCAUUAUCAGAUGAGUGCUUCAUUAAAGUCUGAGAUCAAGAAGCUGACUAUUGUGCACCUUGUGCUAUGGUUGCUUAUAGCCUCCCAGGUGACAAUCUCCCACUUUAAGUUGUUCUCCCAUGAUGUGGUGGCCAUGCCCUAUCAGUGGGAGUACCCGUACCUCCUCAGCCUGCUGCCCUCGCUGCUGUCAGGCAUGGCCAUGCCCAAGAACAACAUUAGCUAUCUGGUGAUCUCCAUGAUCAGCGCUGGCCUAUUUUCUGUAGCUCCACUAAUUUUUGGUGCCAUGGAGAUGUUCCCGGUGGCACAGCAGCUGUACCGACACGGCAAGGCAUACCGAUUUAUCUUUGGCUUCUCUGCGGUGUCAGUGAUGUACCUGCUGAUGGUGAUUGCCAUUCAGGUGCACGCAGGGCAAAUUUACUACAGCAAGAAAUUGCUGGAUGCCUGGUUUGACUCCACACAGGAAAAAAAGAAAAAAUAAAGAGACAGUUGAUGAAGAACUGGUUACAAGUCAUGCAAUUGUAUAUUACUCACAGAUUUGACAUGCAUGGAAUUAUCAACAAGGAAUAAAUGCAUAUCUAAGAUUAAAUGGACAUGCAUACCACUGGGUUUAUUUACAGUUUAUACUUUAUGCGGUGACCACUAUCACAAUAUAUUUAGACAGAUUUACAUCCGAAAGGAUAAUACAAAUGAUGCUUCAGCUGACAGUCAGGUUAUUUGUGUAAUUUAUUUAAUGUAUAGGCACACAGUACAGUUUAAUACACCAUUUAACUGCUACUUAAUUCACUGGUCUUUUAAUGCUCUCACGUUAAAAAAAAUGUUUCAAGUAGUCACUGUAUUGUAUUUCAAAUUACUUAUAAUUCCAUAUUCAUAUGUUAUCAUUAACCAUUUAAACAUAAUUAAAGUUCAUUGCUUUUAA